UCGCUCCGACACGGGAACCAGAGCAUCAGCGGAGAUAGCAGGGAAUCAUUCCUUAAACUCCUCAGGCUAACUCGCUCUCGUCUUUGGUUCGAAAUGGAAACAUCUACUUUUACGCGGAGCCAACGCAGCUCCAUUGCGCACAACAUUAAGGGCGCUCUCUCGCUCUGGCUGGUUGUCUGGCUUGUCGUGGUAAAGCCCGUGCCUGCGCAGAACUGCCCUCACCGGUGCGUGUGUUACCCGACCCCCAUGACAGUGAGCUGCCAAGCGCAGAACUUCACCAUUGUGCCCACCGGCAUGCCCUAUGAAUCCCAGCGCGUUUUUCUGCAAAACAACCGCAUUACUGAACUGAGAGUGGGGUCCUUUGCUUUUGGCACACAGGUCUUGUGGCUCUUCUCCAACAACAUCACCUGGAUCGAGGCUGGUGCAUUCAGUGAGCUGCGUGAUCUGGAGGAACUUGAUCUGGGUGACAACCCUCACCUGCACCGUCUUGAGGGUGGAGCUUUCCGUGGCCUAGAGAAGCUCCAGAGCCUCCACAUGCACCGCUGCCGCCUGGCAGCCCUCCCCCAUGACAUCUUCCACAAGCUCUACAGCCUGCAAUUCCUCUACCUGCAGGAGAACCAACUCCACUUCAUCCAGGAUGAUCUCUUUUCGGACCUGAUCAACCUCAGUCAGCUCUUCCUGCAUGGCAACCGUAUCCGCACUCUGUCCGAGAAUGUGUUCCGUGGCCUGGUGAACCUUGACAGGUUGCUGCUCCAUGACAACAGGGUCCGUCAGGUCAACCGCCGUGCUUUCCGUGACCUGGGCAGGCUGACCAUGCUCUUCCUCUUCAACAACUCCCUGGCAGAGCUGCCUGGUCAGGCCAUGCGGGACAUUGCCUCCAUUGAGUUUCUGCGGCUGAACAACAACCCCUGGGCCUGCGGCUGUGAGGCUCGCCCUCUUUGGGAGUUCUUCCGUGGCGCCCGUCUCUCUAGCUCUGAGGUGCUGUGCGCCUCCCCAGCCCCUCGUCGUGGACAGGACCUGCGCUUCUUGAGGGAGAUGGACUUCGCUCUGUGCCCCCUCCCUGACUCUGGCUCCCUUGCUGGCUCGACCACCACCACCUUCAGCACCAAGACCCGUUGGUGGUUCUCCAAGCACAAGCCUGCCAGCACCUCCAAAGGCAUCUUUGAGAAGACUUCAGAGACCAAGGCGUACCCCUUCCCUGGAGGAAAAUCCUCAAUCACAUCUACAUCCACAAAGUAUGAACUUGGGGAUGAAGAGGCUCUUCUUCCCAAGCUUGACCCAGAAGAGUACUGGGCCAACUAUGGCAAUGAAGAUGCAGGUGUCACCUCCCUGCGCUGCUUUGAGCUUGAGUGCCCACCCGAAUUCGAAUCUCUGCCCCCCUCCUCCUCUUAUUUUCGAUCCUCAUCUUCUGCUCUCUUGCUACUCUCCAUGUCUGUCUUGACUGGCUCUGUCCAUCUUCUGUUUGGCUGAAUCUAUCAAUGUCCGAAGAACCCUCAUCCCCUCAUUUUUCUCCUCUCUGGAGGAGGGAAAACCCUGUUUGCUCAAUUUAACUCUUAAAUGCCUUGAUUCCUGUUUACCAUCAACCUCACCUGUAUCUUUGUUCUGUUCAGUUUGAGCCUCUAGGUCUUGGCAUCUAGAGGGCACUACACUGAUUUAGGAUACAGUGGAGAGCAGGGAUCGUUGGGCAGUUCAGGCCCUUCAGGAAACUUGUGAAAAAUUUUCAGAGGGCUUGUUAGUGAAGCAGAAACACUGUCCUUCUUUUUUGAGGGCAUGUGUACUCCGCGCCAUCUCUGUCACAGUCAGUGCAGACAGAGAGAUAUGAAUCUUCAUCUUAGGUUUAUGUACAAUAUUUGUAUGCUUCUAACUUUUCAACCACUCUUAAGUGCUUCUAUGAUAGUUAGUUGUAAUUAUAGCUUGUAAUGUCAUCACGACAACCUCUCUCUAACUUUCCAACUAAUGCUGUCACUGCUAAUGCCAUAGUUACAAUUAUAGCUCUGUUAAUUGUUACUGGUAACAGUAUCUUGAGCAAAUUAUUAGACUAACAGAAGGGUCUCAAAAUUAUUCAGAGCUUGAAGAGCAAAAGAUGAAAACGUGAAGGAGCAAAGUGAAACACAGAUAGUGGAGCCAGGAGCUUAGAACUAGAGGCAGAGGUAGAGAUUACCAAAAUAAUGGUAAGAUAUGUGCGCAUACAGUAUAUAUAUAGAGAGAGAGAGUACACACAAGAGAAGGCGAAAUAUUUUAUUACAUCACCCACCAGCUAUGAAAUGAUCAUUUCUGUAAAUACGACAUCUUGGCAGAGAGAGCUGUAAAUAGCGCUACGAAAGGCCUUAUGUUUGUCACUGUUCUGAUUGGCCAAGAAUGUCACUGUGAGUAAUGUCAGUUGUGGUAUUUCUUCGGCCAGUGCAUGGAAAGAUCAUUCAACGGCACAGGUUAUGUUUGGCUGCAUGAAUUUCAAAAUACUGUUAACAUGUUGUGUCUUAACUGUCGAAUAGAUUCACUGCUUCUUUCCAAGACUAUAUUCUUUUUUGAAAUUCAUAUUUGUAAUUGCUUAUUUCUCACAUCCUGUGAGACAUUGGCAACUCCAUCCUUUCUUAUUUUAAAUAUCAAUUUAGAUUAAUAGUCAAUAGCCAGUCAAGAAAUAAUUGGCAUUAUGCUAAAACGAGGACUGACUUCAAGGAAAAAGCAAUAAAUGGACAUUUAAGAAAGAAUUAGAUAAUUUCUCAACUGUGAAAGUGAUGCAGACUUUAUAGCUGGCUUUUUGGCUUUGACAUCACUACUGUUCCUUAAAGUGGUUUGACUAGUGCGCAAAGCUUGAAAGAUUGGUAAAUCAAUAAGACGUGCUUACUUACAGAUUGGUAGACUGUCAGAAUAAUGUCUACCAUUGGUCACGGACGACUUUGUCUGGUCUGCCUCUCAAACCUCCUAUACCUGUACUUCCCUUGUCUUUCUCUCCAAUGUUGUUCUUUGGGAGGCAUGCUGAUGUCAUCGCUUUCCUCAUUGGUCCUUUCCUUGCCUAGUAGGGAAAUAAACUGAGAGGGCAAGGACAAGAGGAGAGAAAGAAAAGGAAAUGUACAGAAAGAGGAAGAGAGAAAGAGUGGAAUGCAGGGGCGGAUGUGGGUGGUAGAGUCGAAAAGAUAGAAUAAUAAAGGAUGGACAUGUGAAUAAGUAUGGAGGAAUGCAUUCUAAUGUAGAAAAUUACAUUUUCUCUUCUGAAAAAAGUGAUGCAGUGGAUUGAAACUGUGUUUUGGUCUCACUGCUCAUCUUUAGGGACCAAAACAAGAUCAAUACCAAUCAAUUAAUGCAGCAAGAUCUUGUUUUCUUUAGGGUUAUACUGUUAAUUGUAGCAAUAUCUUGUCUUAUGUUUACCUUAUGAUAGUAUAGAAGCAGUUAAUACUGCCAUUUUCCCCCACAGGCGAUCCUGAAUGUUGCCAUGACAAAUAUUUGUCUAAUAACUGUUUGUGUGAAGUGUGUGUGUUAUGUAAAUAUCAGCUGGAAUGGGUAAGGUCAAACUGCCUUGAGGUGCUCUCGAGUGACCAUAUUUGUGAGGUCGCUCACAGAUGACCAAAGCAUUAGUUAUACCUUUUUACCCAAUGUGUGUAUCGUUCAUUUGAAUGCAAGACUGUGAAAGAAUGAGCUGUUGAAUCUUUUCACUAGGAAAAACAAAGUGCUGGACAGAAAGCAUGACCAAAU